UCACGUUUGAUUGGGAUUGGACAUCUGAGGGCGAGGACGGGGGCGCCGUUCCCGAGAGCCAUGGGAGGGGGACGUUGGCCUUCCUCACUCGUCCUCCUCGCUAAGAAAAGGAAGCCAUGUUGAGAAACGAGAGGUGGCUCUUGAGGGAAAAGCCCCUGGUCCUCGGAUGGACGAGGCGAGGUGGCUCUCGCUCAUUAGGCCAUCCUCGAGGGCCUCCCGUGGCUCCUCUCUCACUCGGAAGGGUUCCUCCUCGAACUCGAAGGAAACUCCCAGGUUGACGAGUGUGUUGAGAAGUAAAAAGCACACUCGGCAAAAUGCAGGCUGUUCAGCAGGCCGCGACUCAGGGGGCACACAUCAUCCAGACAGCAGGUGGGCAGCUUAUGCUCCAGACAGUUGGAGGGUCUGGUUCAAUACAGGUUGCAUCUGCUAAUGGUCAACAGCUACAACAGAUACAAGUUAUACCUGCCUCAGGUCUUCAGCAGAGUGGAAAUCAUGUCAUGGUGCAAGGAGGAGGGUCAACCCAGCAAGCACAGAUCAUCCAGACUUCAGAUGGCCAGGCACUGGUGUACCCCAUUCAAUUGGACAGUCAAGGCAACAUUAUCCAACAGCAACCAACAGCACUGAAUAUUUCAGGCAACCUAAUCCAGCUAGCGCAAGCAUCCACUUCGCAAGCAUCUCAGACAGGAUCAGUACAACAGAGCCCACAGACAACCCAACAGACUGCACAAACAGCUCAGACCAACCUUGCAAAUGUUGUUAUGGUUGGUAAUGGAAGUGUUGCACAGUUGCAACGAAUUCCACUUCCUGGUCCCGAGUUGCUGGAGGAGGAACCACUUUAUGUUAAUGCUAAGCAGUACAAUCGGAUAUUGAAGAGAAGGCAAGCAAGAGCAAAGCUUGAAGGAGAGGGUCGCAUACCAAAGGAACGUAAAAAAUACUUGCAUGAAUCCAGGCACCGCCAUGCAAUGAACAGAAUACGAGGAGAAGGUGGUCGAUUCCAUAAAGGACAUGCCAAUAACAACCGCAUUAAUAACAACUCAGACACAAACCACUCGAGAGAAGACAUGAUGGACAACCUAGGAGGAUUGGGUCUACAGAAUGGAAUGGAUGAGCUGAUAACAGGUGAUACUGUUCAGACCAGAGUUCCCGAUACUAAGGUGUUUGUUAGCUGAGAAAACAUGUGUCCUUCUGAUUUGAAUUCAGAAACAAGUUGAUGUAUAUGUGCAACUUUUAGAGCAAAGUACUUAUCUGCUGAAGUUUUAGAGAGGACCAACAGGCAGAGAAUGACACUCGGUUAGGAGCUGUAGUCUCUCGUGUUUCAGUUUUAACUUCUAACUGAAAAGUUUACAGGGAACUACUAUCUCCAUUUACCAGGGCUUACUGUGUGAACAACUUAUGCCAGUGAACUAUUUUAAGCUGCCAAUUACCAUGCUUGACCGAGUUAGAAUCUGUUGCAAAAUCUUGAAUACAAGGAAAAUAUUUAGUACUUAAAGAUAAAGGCAUCUUUCAUUUAGUUUUUAAGUUCUCUUCCUGUGGAAGUUUCAGAGUAUAUUCACUAUUUUGCUACUGCAGUCAGAGCAGUACCUCAUUAUUAAAAGAAAAUAAAUAUAAAAAAAACAAAAAAAAACAACAAAACAAAAAAAAACCUUGAUAGUUGUGUAAAACUAAGGAUGAUCUUUCAGUUUGAAUGAAAAUGGCCUGAUAUGGGAAGGUAGUAAAACCAUCCUUUUAUUUUAAUUGGUGGACACUUGUAAAUAUGUACAAAUUUAAGGGCAGGAGAUUGUUGAGUUUGUCAUAUCAUUUUAAUGUUUUUCCACCAUUCUGCCUGUUGUACAUACAUGUUCUAACAAUGUUUCAAUGCUGUAACUGUUGUUGGUGAAGUUUUCACAUUUAUCUUGUAUGUAGACCACUACAUGAUUGUCUGGCAGGUUCUAAAAUGGUAAAAUACAAAUGGGAUUAUAUUUUCUUUAGCAAUAGUGAAAUGCAAUGAAUUCCAUGCCCAAAGUAUUUUUAUAGUUUUUGUAAUCAGUGUUUGUAUUUAAUGUUAUCCUUUAGUUCACUUGCAGAAGUUCCAUUUUUGGAAGCACUUUGCCAAGGUCUGUGAGACAAUCGGUUCCUGACAGUGUAAAGCUUCUGAAGUUUUCAUUCUGCACAAAUCUUGGAAAUAAAGAGAAAUGUGCUAAAUUUUGUGUACAGAAGAUAAGGCCAAUUCUUUUUUAUAUCUAUUAGACUACAUUUCAUUGGAAAAAGAGUGUCCUGUUGUGUUGGUUAUGCAUUCACCGAUUUAUGAAAUGAAGUGUGCCAAUAAAAUGAAUCACGGCAGUUUCAUACUGCAAUUGAAAACAUUUCAGUCAUCUUGCAAGUCCAUCUUGUCUGAUUUUUUCUUUUGUAAUAAAAUGUUGUUCUAA